AUGUCUUUGACUUAUAUAAACUUAGAAGCCAGUCCUAAUAAAUAAAAACCAUUCGGUUUAGCUAGCGGAAUGAUAGAGGACUUUUUACUUAACCCACUGGAAAAGUUGCGCACUUUGAAAUGUGACAAAAUAAGCGGCAGUUGGGAUUUAACAAAAAUAAGGGAGAUUUUGAAUAAAAUAAAGGAAUUAGCCUUAUAAAAUAAUACAAGCCAUGAAAUUAUAGAUCCGCCGAAGAUUUCAUCAGACAAUGAGAGGUUUAUUGAGUAAAAAGGUGAUUAUCGUAAUCACUACAGUUCAUUCGAACAAUCUUAAAAAUUUGACAACAAGCCAUAGAGAAUUCAAUAAAUAGUCAAAGACUUUGAAAAUCGAGUGAUAUAUCGAUCUUACAGGUCUUCGUCAGUGUAAUCAAAGACUAUUCAGUAACCCAAGAAAUGUAAAUUAAUAAGCAAAGAGUUCGAAUAAAAAUUAAAUAGUAUAAAUUAAAAAUACGGCAUGAAAACUACUCAAAUAGUGGCAAAAAGUAAGUAUUUGGAUCAUUACUCAAUAAAUUCAAAUAAUUAAUAAAAGUCAAUAAACACAUACUUUAUGCGUCCUUAGACUACAUGUUCAGCAAGAAAGUCUUAUUCAUUUCGUAGAGAAAGAACUUAUGAUUUGGAUUAGAAGCAUUUAAACACUACUAGAACUAAUAGUAAAAGAGCAUAAUCAGGGUAUUAAAUGAAGAAUUUCGAAUCAGAAAAAUAAAAUGUUUCAAUAAUUGCAAAAAUAAUGAAAAAAUCAUAAUAAAACAAAAAAGUUAAUCUAAAAAAAUAUCAUUUAGAAAAUAAUGAUAUAUAACCUACAUUCAUGUUGGAUGAUAAUGAUCUCUAAACAAACAAAUUGAUCAAAUGCAUAUAGUUCAAUCCACUAGAUUCAAUUUAAAAAGAAUAUCGAAACUUUAUGCCAAAUGAUGAUGAUUUCAUAUUGAAAUUAAACUUUUAAUAAAUUCAAACUAGAAGACAGAGAUAAAAUCCUAAUUUACAAAAAGCAUUCUAUGCAUAAGCAUAGAGUAAAUACUUACAAGAUUCCAUUUGA